AUGCGCCGGACCGCAGCUACCGCUGCGGCCACCGUGGCAGUCGUCGCGGUCAUCGCAGGCGCGCCUGCGGGCGUGUUGGAGCCAUGGUCGCUCGCGGCGGCGCUGUACGUGGCCGUGGUGUUCGGCUUCCACGAUAUGCACCACGAGAUCCAGCACCCCGACAUGGGCGUGCUGGUCCUCCUCGGCGGGGCCCUGGCAGCUGCCUCUGCGCCGUCGCUGGCGCAGGCCGUCGGGAUCUGGGUGCACGGCGCCGCCAGAUUGGCAGUCUUCGCGCUGGACGUGCUGCUCGUCGCCGCGUCGUACCUCCACAUUGUGCGCGGGCCAGUGCCCAGUCUCGGAGCCGGCAGCCUUCGUGGCAAGGCCUACGUCGUGACAGGGUGCAGCGCCGGAAUCGGCCUAGAGACGGCCGAAGCCCUUGUGCGUGCUGGCGCCACUGUCGUCUUCGCGUGCAGGAGUGAGGAUCGCGCGCGGGCUGCCAUUGACGGCAUCAUCCAACGGGCGUCGGGCGUGGGGCUCGAGGAGGGCCAGCUGCGCUUCCUGCCCCUGGACCUCUGCUCCUGCGGCUCCGUGCGCAGGUUCGUGGAGCUUCUCCAGGCUUCGAAGUUGAGCGUCAGCGCGCUGAUUCUCAACGCUGGCGCGAUCGUGGGCUCCAGGAAGCUCACCGAGGACGGCCUCGAGAUGACGCUCGCCUCGAACCACCUGGGCCACUUCCAGCUGGUCCGGCUCCUGCUUCCCAGCCUGCUCGCGGCCGAGGCGAGGGGCGAGCGGCCGCGGAUAGUCGCCGUGGGCUCGACACUGUGCUUCUCGCACGACAGCGUCGACCUUACCGAGGCAGUGGCCGUCGGGGACGGCGCGGAGCGCAGCGAGUUCCUGGCCAGGCCGUACUCGACCUUUCACGCGUACGGGCAGUCCAAGCUGGCGGGCGCGCUGUUCGUCGCGGAAUUGGCGCGCCGGCUGAGGCGGCGGGGUUCCCGCAUCCCCGUCAAUUUGCUGCACCCGGGCGAGAUCGGGACGUCCAUCGCGAUGGACAUCUUCCCGGAGUGGUCCCGGCCGCUGAUGGCGGUGCUGGUGCCCGUGCUCGGGCCCCUCUGGAUGAAGACGCCCCGCCAGGGGAGCUUCUGCACCCUCCACCUGGCCACCUCGCCCGCGCUGGCCUCCGCGGAGCAGGCCUCCGGCGCCUUCUUCCUCCGGCUGCGCCGGGUGCCGGGCCCGAAGGCCAUGGCGGACGAGGCCAUGGCCCGGGAGCUCUGGGAGGUC